CAUGGGUGAAAGUUUUCCGUAUUAUUACGGAUUUCCGUAAAUUCGAUCUUCAGUCAGGUCGUUUUUCCAAAUCGUCCAGAUCCGAGGAGAUAUUUUUUUGGGGGGGGGGGGGGUAACCCCUACCUUUGAUUUUAAUCGGACCCGAAGUUUAACGGCUACAAGUCGAAAUAAAAUGUCUCCUGCAAAAGGAAUCUGGUACGGAUACGAGCCAAAUGAUCCUUCGCCGUGCAGAAGACAGCAUGACGUCACCUCAUUAGAAUAGUCUGGCAAAAUCUGCCGAUAAUUUACGAUUCCUUUGUCUCCGAUGUCUACGAAAUGGUUUACAACACGGAAUAACUCGAAGUAAAUCGGAAUCUGACUCGGUUUCCAAACACGCGUUUUGAUUGGUUUACGUUAAUCGGUCAACCAAUUAAAAUCAACGUUACGAAAAUAUAUCUCUCAAAAGCAUAUGGCGGACAAGUUGAAGUAACUUUUUUCCGAAACCCAAACAACCGAUAAAAUUAUGUAUUUACCUCCGGGGUAUAACACCAAAGAACUUGAAAGUGGUGUUAAGAACAAGUGGCGAUGGGAAUGGCUCAACGAAAGAGGCUCUCUUGGUGAGAAAUGGGGAGAUUGGCUGAAAAAACCAAACACUCCGGGUAGCGCCUAUUGUGAAAUUUGUUUCAAAACGAUAAACUACAAAUCUAAUGGGAAGAAGGCGUUCAAGUCUCACGCUGAGGAUGUAACGCAUUUGAAAAAUUACCGGACGUGGAAAUCAAAUCAGGUCCUACCUGGGUCCUCAAAAGCCAAGCCUGAAACGGAGUCUAUGCAGGACAGAGUUGCCAAGCAAAGAGCUAUUACAGCUGCUUUUAUUAGUGAACACUGUUUACCAUUCAGUAUUGCAGAGGACUUGCUGAACUAUGCUAAGAGACUGAGUGAAGAUAAGCAUGCACUGGGAAAGACAACAAUUUCGAAGACGAGUGCCACAUACAUUAUCACCCACGGACUUGCAAAAAGCUUCAAACAGGAAGUGGCAGACAAAGUCAAAGGGAAAAGUGUUUCGCUAAAUUUGGAUGAGGCCACGAAUAACAAUAACGAUAAGAUUGUAAACAUUCUAAUACAAUUCUAUGACGAGGAAGAGAACCAAAUUGUCUUGCGUCAUCUUGGAUCACGUAAACAGAAUCAUGCUACUGCAAAAGAUAUCAUGAUGUCAAUUGAAAGUGUUCUUGAAGAAUAUAAAAUUGAGUGGUGGCAAGUUGUAAGCAUGUUGAUGGACAACUGCAGCACAAUGCGAGGUGUGCGUGGGGGUGUUGAAACGCUUGCACGUGAAAAAAAUCCCAAUAUGUUAGAUGUCAGUGGUGAUAGUAUUCACAUGAUCAAUAAUGCGGCAAAGACUUUACUCAGUAACCUUGAUAAAGACAUACAGCCUUUCUGUUCAGAUCUGUUCUAUGACAUUGAGGAAUCUCCAAAGGUAAAAGAGAUCUUCCAUGAAUUGCAAUCCUUCCUGAAUAUUUCUACUCCAAAGCAUCUGAUUAGGCCGAUCUCAAGUAGAUUCCUCCAGAUGUUAGACGUCUCCACCAGAGUGAUAGAACUUCUAGAACCCCUGACUGUAUAUUAUUACAGUUUCCUGUCCGAGGAAGAAAAAUCCAGAUAUAGGUAUAUAUUAUUCAGAGACUUUAUGUAA